AUGAGUGAUACUACUACGACUCCUGCUCUUGCUACUGUUGCUGUUAUUGCUGCUAUUGCGGCUACUGCUACUACUACCGUUGUUGCUGCUGCUGCUACUACCACUACUAGGGUUGCUGCUACUAUUGUUGCUACCGUUGCUACCGCUGCUAUUGCGGUUACUGCUACUACUACUACUACCGUCAUUGCUGCUGCUGCUACCACUACUACUGUUGCUGCUACUAUUGCUGCUACUACUACCGUUGCUGCUACUAUUGUUGCUACGGCUGCUCCUACUAUUACCGUUGCUCCUACUACCACGCUAUUGCAGCUCUCAAGCACUACUACUAUCGAAGUUGCUGCACCUGCAGUUGAACCCGAUCAAAUCCACCUGCUUUCAUCAGGCAGUGCACCCACCCUUGCACCAGCAACUGUGUGCUUCCCACUCUUGCCAAAGCUUCCCGUGACAAUGAUGCUACCAGGACAAGCUGCAAGCUUAGCUUGUUCUUGCCUCGGCAGCAUGUCCAUGUGGCACUUGGAAGUUGGGAAAUAUAUUGGCUGUGGUGGCACUUCCAAAAAAGCCUCAGUUAUUGAUGGAAAGGAUGGGACCUUUUGGAGUCUGGCAUCUUCACUUGCCAUAAAGAUUCCUAUAGAGUGA